ACUAUCACUUGGCGGCCAAUCAGUCAGUUAUUGGUCAAAAUGUCAACCAAGUGGUCGUCUCUAGUUGUGGCCCUUUUGGGUUCGCUAUCAAUUCAAAAAACCUACGCGGAUGUGUCUCAUUUCUUUGCACCCGCAUUGGAUCAAUUUGGAAACUAUCUUCAUGGUCAAGUGCCAUUUCAAGUGGGACUAUCUCCUCCGAAUUUAUAUGGACCUCCAGCUCCUGUUCCCACAACUCCUGCCCCAGUUACUCCUGUGGCCACCACCGAAUUUAGUUUGCCGGAGAUUAUAGAGAAUCGUAGUGUGAAGUUUCAGGGAACUGGCCAUGGCAGUUUUAUACCCCUAAGUCAGCAUUAUCUGCCGCCUGCCAUCGAGGAGCGUCCCAACUACGAAAGUCCUAAGCCAAGUGAGGAGAGCUAUCCAGCUUACUACUAUCCCCAACCGCCUGCAGGCAGCAUCAUUACCACCUCCACCUCCACACCCACAACUACGACCACUUCAAGACCCAUUGUUGUACAAGAUCCUGGGGAUGAUGUCGAGACUAUACACUCACCAGGCUACGAUUACCAUGCUCCAGUGGCUGUUCCCGUAUACCCGCAAAAACCUUCGACACCAGCGCCCGUUUAUUUACCCCCCGGUGAUGUAGGAAAUCAGGAUCAAAACCAACUGAGACUUCGGCUCAAGGACAUGCGUUGCCUUUCGGCUGGAUAUUUCCGGGCUGUUCUCAAGUUGGACAGCUUUGUAGGAGCAGCACCCACUGUGGAUCAGGAUAAUGAUGAUCAGCAGGAUAAACGCUGUGAAAUGAGAUUUUCUCGAAGUUUUCUGCUUUUGGAUAUUUCUGGCGAGGAUUUCGAGCGGUGUGGUGUGAAAUCCUGUGGCCAGGAUCUUUGUCUACGCUUGCGCUUUCCCGCCAUCAGAGGGUUAAGAACCAGUGGAGACUCGAUCUUAACCCUACAUUGCAAAACCCAAGAGCGAGUGGCGGUCAAAACCCAUGCCCUGAAAAUGGGCGUGGCUAAUGAUGUGCAAGCUCGCAGUGGGGGAAACUACGCCCAUGGUGGAAACCAAAAUGCCUUUCGCACCCACGUGGAGUUAUUAAGAAAGGGUAGUACUGGAUAUACCAGACAUUUGGAGAGCAAUGGUGCAGUUCAGUUGGGAGAGGAACUUCUACUUAGAGCUCAUGUUUUGGCGGGAGAUGGUUGGAACUACACCAAGCUCAGUGAUGUGCAAUUGCAGCGGAUUGCAACUGGAGGGGAAGUCCUCAACACGGUUCAGUUGGUCAGCACGAGGGGUUGUCUAAAUCCCGCCAUGCAGGCCAUCUGUGCCCAUCCCCCAAUUUUGGAACCGCCUCUUGGCCAGCGACUUCACUUCAAGGCUGUCAUGUUUCCAGGAAUGCGAAGUGGAGAGGUUUUGGUCAUAUCCAUGCGCAUCACAGGCUGUUUGGAACGCGAAGAUUGCCAAGUGACAAGUCAAGAUUGUUUGCCAUCUGUGGGUCAACGGAGACGACGGAAUGUUUCACAUGGAAAUAGCACAGAAGUUUCGGAACUCUCCCAUCUAACAUUCCGUGUAAUAAUGCCGGGUGAAGCGGAUAUAUCUCCACCGGAAAUCGAUUUGGAAAAAGAAAAUUCAGGAGUCAGAGAGGUCUCCAAAUCACUCGCCCUCUUUGGUAGCUUGGGAUUUGUGGUUAUGCUUUUGGGUGUUGCCAUUAUGGCGUUAUAUAAAUUUGGAAAAUAGGAAAAUAGGGCAAAUCUAAAGCAACUUUAUUAAUUUUUAAAACCUUGUUAACUCUUGUUUUUUUCAAAGCCUUAUGAGUUUUAGUAAAUUAAAAAAGGGAAACCUUUAAAAUUUGUUAAGUUUUUUUCUUAUUUUUUUGUAGGGACGUUAUAAAAAACCAUUAAUGAAUUAUAAUGUCCGAAACAAUUUAUAUUGAUUUUAUGGCAUUUGAUAAACUGUGGUUUCUUGAUGAAAUUUCCUAAACAUUUUAUAUACUUUUGAUAUCAAAUACAUUAUUUUAUGUUCGUUCUUUUACUUUAUAAAUAUAAAUGGUUGUGUCUUUUAAAAAGUUUUUUUCUUAAUCUUUUUUCCGUCUGCUGAAAUUUCAUUUUAAACCCUUUUGGUUAAAUGAUCUGAUUUUGAUUGCUGACCCACUCAUUUAAAGUGGUCCACAAAAAACUCCAUCAAUGGUAUCGUAGGCGCCAAUCUGAACCACCUGUCUUUUAUCCAUCUGUCUGCCAAGCAAAUUGACUUAUCGCCCCUGUGGAAUCAGCAACCGAGCCAAUGUUUGCCCAUUUCGAGCUUAAAACAGAAAUUAGCACUUAAUAAAAUUUUAUUUAUGUUCAUGUCGCUUGUAAUUGGACGGUACCAAGAAUAAAAUUCAAGAAAAAAAUACAAAAAAAAAAACUCAAAAGCAAGUAAGCAAAGCAACUACUGACUGACUGAUUUCCAAACUGCGCGCGCAAUUCGCAAAUUGCGAUCUGCGAUUUAGUUAUGGCCAGAUAGCUGGCUGAAACCGAAAUUUUAUCACGUUUUCACGCUUCGAGCGCGGCUAAUGAAACCUCGCUCACAGCCGAUUUUUGGCUUUGUUAUUUGGUGCAAUUUGUUGUCGGUUUUCGUAUAUGAUAAUCCAUCUGGUGGCCGGCAGUUUACGCUUAAUGGGCAUGAAAAUCGCAGCCAAUUAGCCGCUGAUUUUAGCCGCUUUUGCUCGAUGGGUGGUCCAAAUGUCUAGAGUUACAAUUUAAUUACUGCCUGGGGACCAUGAAAGAUACGUAGGUAUUUUAAGAUUUAUUGGA